UCUGGAGCAGGACUCUGAAUCUAUUUGCACUCAUGAAAGUGACUCAGAGUCAUCCUGCUGUGCAGAGGACGACACACAAGCACCAGAUAACUUUGGAGUCCAAGCUGGCGUGUCAAACUCGACCUUUGACCUAAUGAAUGUGUCUGGCUUUAACUCCCAUCAUGCUGAGUGGGGUUCUGACUCUACAGGGUGUGUGCAAAGCCUGCUGGGACUUUCAGACUCCAUCUUCAUCCCCAACACUGUGAAUACAUCCCAGUCUGGUUUUGAGGACAUGAGUGACACAGUUUUGGAUGAACUAAGAGGCAGAGUGACACUGAUGCCAAAGCUGUUUGUUUCACUUUUUUUCAAAGAUUUGAUAAAGCAGACUCUAAAUGACUGGAAACACAACAUACCUGUCAACGAAGGACUCAUAUUUCAUCAUCAAUUGCAGCCCAGCAGUUCUCAGUACAGGGAGGGAGAGGAAUACUGCAUACUUCACCACAUCCAGAACGGCUCAUAUGGUGAUGUGUUCUGUGUUCGGGACAAAAGGACUGGAUUCGAAUGUGCUGCCAAGAGGAUUCCACUGAGUCAUUUCAGCAGCGAGGAGGUGAGCACGUGGAGCGCUCUGAACACCCCCCGAGUUGUGGAGCUCUUUGGGGCCGUGAGGGAGGGACUGAACAUCGUGCUCUUCAUGGACUUGAAGCCAGCUUGUUUGGCCCAGCUCCUAAAAGAGAUGAACUGCCUACCUGAGGAUUUGGCCCUGCACUACCUUCAUCAGUCACUGCGGGCGUUAGAACACCUGCACCACAGAAAAGUCCUUCACCUGGAUAUCAAAGUUGACAAUGUGCUGCUGUCUGCAGACUGCAGAGACACAUUCCUCUGUGACUUUGGUCUCUCAGAGACAUUAGAUGACAGUGGACGGAGCACCAAGGCAUUCAGGGGAGCUGCCUUCCCGGGCACAGAGACCCACAUGGCCCCAGAGGUAGCUCGAGGGGAUCGACUCUGUGCCAAGGCGGACGUGUGGAGCAGCUGUUGUAUGCUACUGCACAUGCUCAACGGAUGCCACCCAUGGAUACGUUACUAUUCCCAUCCUCUGUGUCUCCAGAUUGUCAACGAGCCUCCACCUCUGUGGGAGGUGCCGUCAAACUGCAACAACUUCACAGCCAAAGUGUUCAGGGCCGGGCUGCAGAAGGACCCUGACAGACGAGCAUCUGCAAAGGAGCUCAGGAGGAAAACCACCAAGGCCCUCAGAGCAGUUGGAGGUCUGAGUCCUUGGUCCGUCAAAACUGCCUGUGAUAUUCUGCAUCAUGGCAAGAGCCAGCCUGAAGACACCCCCUGCUCUUUGUCCCCUGGGGUCACCCCAAAUAAACCAUCAGCUGCCGGUUCUGCUCCCAUGAUGUACUGGGUGAGCCCUUGGAGAACGACAGCAGUGGAUGAGGACAGCAAUGACUGGGAAGGCACAGACUCUGAAGUGGAGACAGAUUCUUUAACUCGGGAGUGGGACUCGCAGCCAAAAUCUCUGCGGGAUGACUACACGGCAGAUGAAAAAGACUGGGGAACUGAGUCUGAUUCAGACGUUGAUAUCUACAUGGGAGAGGAGGAAUUUUAUCAGGAGAAGUGGCUGAAAACUGACAAGGAGAUGAGGGGGACUGGGAAGAAGAAGAGCAAGAAGAGGAGGAGGAGGAAGAGUGGGACUCCUCCUCUUUGUCCACCUGAGUAUCUCCACGCUCUCAGAGGUCUUUUCCCAUUGCUGCAAAAAGGCCAACGGCCAAAAGACAGUUCAUGGGGGUCAGGACCAGAGCUGGAAUACCUCAGAGACGAUGUAGCAAUAGGCACCAUGAUCCAGACCCCAUCCCCUGAACCUCGAGAUGACCCCCCAUCCUGUUUCAGCUGCUCAGAUACAUCGCAGAUAGAUGCCUCAGAGAAGGACUCUGACCAUUCAUCUGAUGACCUGAGCUCUGGAGUCUUUUCCUCCUGCAACAGUCAGACAGACGGACACCUGGAGUGGUUGGCCUCAGCGAAUCAGCCCUCCUCGUACUGCUUUGAAGGUGUUGACAUCUGGAUAGAGAAUGUCCAGGGCGAGUGCCUGAGGAUCCGUGAGCGUCGGCAGGUCAAAAUCGGCCAUGUUGCUAUAGGAAUCAGUGAUCAGAUCUCAGGGAAAGCCUUCACUCUGGAGACCCUGGACAGGAAGAUGGUGUCGUUUGAGGAGGAAAUCAAAGAGUCUUGUGUGUGGCUUCGCUGUGUUCCCGCUCCUGACACAUGUCAACGCUGGAGGUGGAGGGUCAGAGACGGCAAGCUGGAACUUCAGGAAUGAAACAGACUUUUUUGUUCUGUUGUUGUUGUUUUUUUUAAUAGUUUGCACUAAUUUAGGCUGUGUUUGUUCUUAAAUCAUGUGAACUGAACUAUGAAAACAUGUAGAUGUACACGAUGCAAUUUGAGUUGGAAACGGGUUGGAAAACUGCUGCUUCUAUGAGAAAUGUCCGAUUAGUGAAUGUAUAAUUUUAGGUUGUUAUUUUAGAGAUGGAUUUCUCAGAAUCAGCUCAAGUAUGUACAAGAGUUAGGCUGUAAUCAGUAGCUUUAUUAAUGAUUACUAAUGCGUUAUUAAGAAGACAAACUUUAGGGUUGCCAGGUUGUUAAAAAAUCCCUCCUCAAGCUCAACACUUUGCUUUUAUUUUUUCCUCUUUAAUUCAUGAGGUUUGACCACUUCUCUCCUAGAAAAGAUCUGCAGGACCAAACCUGUUUACACACUGAUUAUUAACAUUUACAGCUGCAGACUUUGAUUAUCGAUUAUUGUGAGAACUUUUGAAAUAUUUAAUAUUGCUUAUAAUUGCAGGUGAGUGACAAACGUUUGCAGCACUUUGCUGGAGGGUAAAUGGUCAAACCGUCAAUUGGAGAGAUGUCUCCUUGAUGAAUAAAGGAGAUAGACAAGAAGAUAAGAAAAGUGAUGUGCUGGAGGAGGAUUUGUUGUUCUUAUUAAUAACGUAUAACUUGCAUUGAUAAAUGACUUGUUAACUGUUAUUAACUACUAUAACUAUUUUCUAUAUAUAUAUAUAAGCAAUAAAUAAAAUGACAGGGUAUAUAAGAGUGCUAGAAUAAAUAUUGAAUGGGUAAUGUAAUGGAUUACUUCAUAUACAUACAGUAUAUACAACACUUGAUUUGUAAAGAUGAUUUUCUUUCCUCAUGAGCAGAUGGGAAAAGAAAACAGAUCCAGUUAUUACAGUGUCAUGUCAGCUGGUGUUUGUUAGUGUUUAGACUAAGUGUAGCUGCUUUAAAUAAUGAAUAAGUGUCAUAAUAACCACAUGAGCCCUCAAGACUUUAAUACUUGAACGUUACCAACAUUUUAUAUCUUAAUAAAAAAUGACCUUCA